AUAUUACACCUUGUGCUCCUGGUACCUUCAGUAACCGUACUGAGAAUCAGAACCAAGCCAACUGUACUAUGUGCACGCCAGGUUUCUACUGUUCUGGUGGCGAUUCUGUUGAAACUAAUUUAUGCGCUGAGCGUUACUACUGUCCGGGUGGCCAAAAUAUAAGCAGUCCGGCUGAGUUCCUAUGCCCACCUGGUUCAUACUGCUUAGCAGGACAGUCGGAACCCGCACCUUGUGAAAGUGGGACAUAUCAGAAUCAAUAUGGACAGAUUACAUGCGAAGAAUGCCCAUCUAGUUAUUACUGUGAAGCAAUUAACAGUUCUGUUGUAGUAAUAGGUGUAUCUGUUCCUACUGUCUGCCCACAAGGUUAUUUCUGUCCUAACGGCACGCGCUUUGCCAAAGAGUUUCCGUGCCCAUUCGGAACGUACGGCGACCGUCAAAUGCUCUCUAGCGCCGCCGAGUGCAAGGAAUGCGACCGAGGCUCUUUCUGCGGCAGCGCAGGGUUGUUAGCGCCCUCUGGUUUCUGCCAAGCAGGUUUUUAUUGCAUCGGAAACUCCUCCACAGCGACACCUAGGGACGGAACAACGGGGGUGCCGUGCCCGUUAGGAAAAUAUUGCGUGAAUGGAACAAAGGCACCGGAAUUGUGCCCGCCAGGAACUUUUGGACCUGUAGAAGAACUCAAAUCAUCUGAUGAAUGCACUGACUGUACUGGUGGUAAAUUCUGUGAAAAAAGUGGGUUAAUUGAACCUAGUGGGAACUGCACUGCAGGAUUCUACUGCCCUACUGGAUCUAAUUCAUCUACAGCUUAUGAGUGUCCUGUUGGUUUCCAUUGCCCUGAAAUGUCAGCGAUCCCCCAACCCUGCCCUGCUGGUAGUUAUACUGACUCACAACAACAGUCAGUAUGUCAACCUUGUCUAGAGGGUAGCUUCUGUAAUGGAACCGGCAUUGAGAAUUGCCCCGCGGGUUACUACUGCCCCCCUUCAACAGGGGGUGUGCUGUAUCAUUGCCCUCGUGGAACUUAUAGUAACGAGACUGGAUUAAAGAGAGAAGACCAAUGCAAAUACUGUGACCCUGGUUUCUACUGCCCUGAUUUGGCAGCUACUUCUUAUAAAGGUCCAUGUGAUGCCGGAUAUUUUUGUCGCAAUGGAUCAGAUUCGAAAACACCAUCGGGCGGCAACACUGGUGAUGCUGGUGUAUGCCCAGAAGGUUACUACUGCCCUCAAGCAACUGGCGAGCCAUUUGCCUGCAACCCUGGCACUUUCAACAGUCUUCAAAUGGCCAACAGUUCGUCAGCAUGUGUAGAAUGCACUGGAGGCUGGUAUUGUAACAGUAGUGGCUUAUCAUCACCUACUGGUCAAUGUUAUCCUGGUUUCUACUGUACUGGUGGCUCUACUGAACCAGCACCCUCAAUUCCAACAUCAACUGGAGGCCCAUGCCCAAAAGGAUCAUUUUGUGAAAUCGAAAGUAGUGUACCAAGUUUGUGCACAGAUGGUUCAUACACACCAGACAUAGCCCUAUCAACAUGCUACCCAUGCCCUGCUGGCUUCUACUGCCCUAUAGGAGCCACUAACACAACAGAAUGCCCCGUCGGACAUUAUUGUGUGGAUAAUUCAACUUACCCUGUGGCAUGCACUAACGGAACGUACAACAACGAAACUGGUGGCCAAAGUGUGGACGAUUGUCAUUUCUGUCCACCCGGAUACUACUGUCCAUAUAUGGGCAUGGAGAACCCAGAAGGAUUAUGUGCACCAGGAUGGUAUUGUAUUCUCGGGUCCUGGAUGAGAAAACCCACGGUGGUCGGGGUCAAUAUAUCGGGUGAAUGUAGUUGCCCCGCAGAUGGAGGUAUAGGGGGUGAAUGUCAACCGGGGUAUUAUUGCCCCGAAGGAGCGAAUAACCCGAUACCAUGUGACCCAGGUUACUAUUGUAAUGUUGCUGGGUUAUGGGACGUCAGUGGGGCAUGUUUAGAAGGCCAUUACUGCAUUGGUGCAAGUGAAAAGCACGCACCGGUUGAUGAAAUAUAUGGAAGUAUAUGCCCUGUUGGUAACUACUGUCCUACCAAUAGUUCAGCGCCCACAAAAUGUGAAACAGGAUUUUUUACAAACUCAACUGGCAACACUGGAAUAGUAGAUUGUGAAAUGUGUACAGGAGGAUGGUAUUGCCCGUCACCAGGACUUGAUUUACCUUUAGCUAAGUGUGAGAUGGGAUUCUAUUGUCCACCUGGAUCCACCGAAAAAGCUCCAUCAGCUAACCAGUGUCCUGCUGGAACUGAAUGCCCAGCAGGCAGUGUAAACUUCACACCGUGUUAUUCCGGUUCAUACCAGCCAGAUCCAGAAAGAGGGACAUGCUUUACUUGCCCAGAAGGCAAAUAUUGUGAUUUCCUUGAGGCAACACUGGCUGGCCUUGAAGGGGUCACGACCCCUGAACCUUGCCCUGCAGGAUUCUAUUGCCCAAGUAGUACAAAAUUUGCAACAGAACACGCAUGCCCUAAUGGAACAUAUAACGACCAAAUGAACAGAGGAAAAGUAACAGACUGUGUUAAAUGUGAUGGAGGUUUCUUCUGCGAUCGUACGAACCAAACUUCACCAACUGCUCCAUGUUAUGUUGGGUAUUACUGUCCACUUGGAACAAUAUUACCAACUGAUAAUGAAUGUCCUAUGGGCUCUUAUUGCCCUGCCAUGUCCACCGUUCCAACCAAGUGUCCUGAGGGUAAAUAUGGAAAUGCUCCUGGGUUGGGAAGUGCAGAUGAUUGCCACCCAUGUGAUCCUGGCAUGUAUUGUGACACUGAUGGCUUAACUGCACCCAGAGAUGGCUGCAGUCCAGGCUUCUACUGUUCUGGUAAUUCUACUGAACCAGACCCAAGAGGGCAACUAUAUGGCGACGUAUGUCCUGCCGGUGCUUACUGUCCUGCUAACAGCAGUCAACCAUUAUACUGUAGCAGUGGUACAUUCAACCCCAACACACAACAAACACAAGCAAGUGACUGCCAAUCUUGCACGCCUGGUUCAUAUUGUAACUCCAGUGGUUUAGCUGACGUCACAGGUGACUGCUGGCCUGGUUUCUACUGCAAUGGCAGUGCUAGUGACCCCACCCAACACCCGUGCACAGUCGGUCAUUACUGCCCUGGAGGUAGCCCUGAUCCUGUAGCAUGUGUCAAUGGUACAUAUUCAAAUGUGACCGGGGCACCAAUGUGUCAACCGUGUCCAGAGGGCUGGUAUUGCGUGGAUGGUGCAGUGGACCCUCUCCCGUGCCCACAAGGUUAUUACUGCCCUGCUCAAACUGGUUACGACUGGCAGAUGUGUGAGACAGGUACCUUUAACCCCACAUAUGGGUUAAGCGGUCAAGAUGAAUGCACUCAGUGCACACCUGGUUCAUAUUGCAAUGUAGCAGGCCAACCUACAGUGGGUGGCCAAUGUGAUCCUCAGUUCAACUGUAUAUUAGGUGUAGAUACACCACAGCCUAAUAAUGCUACUAAUAAGGGUUCUGGAGGACCAUGUCCAGUAGGUCAUCAAUGUAUGAAUGGAACAGCUGUGUUAUGUCCCCCAGGAACAUAUGCAAACACUGAAAGACAACCUUUAUGUACAGUUUGUACUGCAGGGGGUUACUGCAGUGGGGGAACCAUCAACCCCGAAGCUUGCCCCAUGGGUCAUUACUGUUUACCUGGUACCAUGUCUGCACACCAGUACCCAUGCGAUGCUGGAACAUUUAACAACAAAACUGGUCAAGCUACUUCUACCAGUUGUUUAGCAUGCACUGGUGGUAUGUUUUGUGAAGGAACUGGCAACACUGAGCCAGAUGGUGAAUGUGAUCCAGGUUAUUACUGUGUAAGCGGUUCUGACAGCCGUAAACCGGUUGCAACCGGUACAACAACUGGUUCUACCAGCAAUGAAACCUGCAGCAGUUUAUUUGAUUGUGUGUGCCCUGUCCUACCUGAUACAAGAGGGGGUAUUUGUACACCAGGUUACUUUUGCCCGAGAGGAAGCGACAAGCCAAACGAAUGCACACCAGGAAUGUAUUGUCCAGAUUAUGAAAUGGAAAUACCAUUGUUAAGUUGUGACGCUGGUUACUACUGUAGUAAUGGCAGUUCCACCCCUACCAAGUUUGACUGCCCACCCGGUUACUACUGUGAAGUAGGCACAGGUGUACCACAAGCUUGCUUACCUGGUACUUACAGUCCUACCUACAAUAAUAAGAACGUCAGUGCAUGUCUACCGUGUGAAGCUGGCUAUUACUGUCAAGGCAGUCAUAACGCGAACCCCACCAACAACUGUACGGGGGGUUACUACUGCCCUGGGGGUGACAUUACCCCCACUUUUGUAUGCCCACGCAACCACUUCUGCCCAGUGGGGUCUAAGAACGCUACAGUAUGUAGUGCAGGUACCUUCCAACCAUCACAAGGAAAGGAAAGUUGCCAAACUUGCUCGGUGGCUCGCAUAUGUGACCCAUACAAUGGUGUUUCACUUGACCCUGAGAAUUGCCCACAAGGUUAUUACUGCGUUGCUGGGACAACUCAACCUGAACCUUGCCCUGCAGGAAAAUUUGGCGAUUCUGUAAAUUUACCUGCAGAAGCUAACUGUCUUGAUUGUACAAGUGGUAUGUACUGUAGUAAGCCUGGCUUACCUGCUCCAGAUGGUGAAUGUUAUGCUGGUUAUUACUGCACUGGGGGUGCAAGUCAACCUGAUCCUUAUAUGGAUAACUCCGCUGGCAGUUCAGGUGGAGUGUUCUUAGGAAACAGUAUCUGCCCUGUUGGUCAUUACUGUCUAAAUGGUACCAGCACCCCAACACCUUGUCCUGCUGGUACUUUCUCACAAGACACACGAAGAACAAAUGUGUCAGAAUGCCUGCCGUGCCCCCCGGGAAAAUACUGCGACUCCUCCGGAAGGAGCAAUGGAACUACAGCACCUGACUGCAAUCAGGGUUUCUACUGUACUGGAGGUGCCAUCUCCCCCAGCCCAGACGAUGACACCGGUCACCCUUGUCCAAAAGGUUACCACUGCCCUGCUGGUUCUUCCGUGCCGCUUGGCUGCGACCCUGGGAGCUACAGCCCUACUAUACAAGCUGACACGUGCACGCCGUGUCCAGCCGGUGCACUUUGUCCUUUCGCAAAUAUGACAGCGGCCACUCCAUGCUAUGCAGGCUACUACUGCAUGUCUGCCACCUCCGUUCCCAACCCAUGCCCACAGUCGACCUACAGUGAUCAAGUUGGGGCGUUAGAUAACACAACUUGUCAACCAUGUUCACCUGGUGCGUUCUGUAAUGGAACUGGAAAUGAUGCCCCAACAGGUCCAUGUGAUGCUGGUUAUCUAUGCAACUUGGGCAGUUACACCCCAACACCUAUUGACGAUGGUAGUCUGCCUUAUAAUGGUCGUUGCCCAGUGGGCCAAUACUGCCUCAGUGGUGCCACGGAUGGCACAGAUUGCCCGAGGGGCACGAUGCGCAACACGACGGGUGCUGCUGCAGAAGAUGAAUGUUUUCCAUGCAAUCCUGGUUUCUACUGUUUAAAUGCUGGCCAAUCUGCCCCAACCAAGCCAUGUGAAAAAGGUUACUAUUGCCCUGGUAAUGCGUCUAAUACAUCACCCACACAGUAUGAUUGCCCAGUGGGCCAUAUGUGCCCUGAACAAUCUGCGGCACCUAUACCUUGCCAAACAGGUGUGUUUUGUGUUGUUUCCUGAUUUUCAGCAUCCUUUUC